ACCGCCGUCAUGGCCCUGCUUCGAGGUGUCUUCAUAGUUGCUGCCAAGCGAACACCUUUUGGAGCUUACGGAGGUCUUCUGAAAGACUUCACAGCUACGGACUUGACUGAAUUUGCUGCGAAGGCUGCACUGUCUGCUGGCAAUGUCUUGCCUGAAACUGUUAACAGUGUCAUUGUAGGCAAUGUCAUGCAGAGUUCAUCCGAUGCUGCCUACUUGGCAAGGCAUGUUGGCUUGAGGGUAGGAAUACCAAGAGAGACUCCAGCUCUCACUGUUAAUAGGCUCUGCGGCUCUGGUUUCCAGUCCAUUGUGAAUGGAUGUCAGGAAAUUUGUGUUAAAGAUGCUGAAGUUGUCUUGUGUGGAGGAACUGAAAGUAUGAGCCAGGCUCCCUACUGUGUCAGAAACGUGCGUUUUGGAACCAAGUUUGGAACAGAUCUCAAGCUGGAAGAUUCUUUGUGGGCAGGAUUAACAGAUCAGCAUGUCCAGCUCCCCAUGGGAAUUACUGCAGAGAAUCUUGCUGUGAAAUACAAAAUAAGCAGAGAAGACUGUGACAGAUACGCCCUACAGUCACAACAGAGGUGGAAAGCUGCUAACGAUGCUGGCUACUUCAAUAAUGAGAUGGUGCCAAUUGAGGUGAAGACAAAGAAGGGGAAACAGACAAUGCAAGUAGAUGAGCAUGCUCGACCCCAGGUGACCCUGGAGCAGCUCAGUAAACUUCCUCCCGUGUUCAAGAAGGAAGGAACUGUCACCGCAGGGAAUGCAUCAGGGGUAUCUGAUGGUGCUGGAGCAGUUAUCAUAGCUAGUGAAGAUGCUGUUAAAAAACAUAACUUCACACCACUGGCAAGAGUCGUGGGCUAUUUUGUGUCCGGAUGUGACCCCUCUAUCAUGGGUAUUGGUCCUGUCCCCGCUAUCAGUGGGGCACUGAAGAAAACAGGGUUGAGUCUUAAGGAUAUGGAUUUGGUAGAAGUGAAUGAAGCUUUUGCUCCUCAGUACUUGGCAGUUGAAAAGAGUUUGGAUCUUGACCCAGGAAAAACCAAUGUGGAUGGAGGAGCCAUUGCUCUGGGUCACCCACUGGGAGGAUCUGGAUCAAGAAUUAUCACACACCUGGUUCAUGAAUUAAGGCGUCGAGGUGGGAAAUACGCAGUUGGAUCUGCUUGCAUUGGAGGUGGCCAAGGCAUUGCUGUCAUUAUCCAGAACACAGCCUGA